AUGAGUGGGAUAGCAUUAAAAUUAACGUCAUUAUUAGUUCGUACUAUUGCGAAACCUAUUGCCACCGCAUUAAAAACUCAAGCGAAAGAUCAUGAAGUAUUUAGAAAAGUUUGUAUAAAUUUAGCACAGACAGUUCAUUCAACCGAUUUAAGACUUAGAAUGUCUUUACUUGGUGAAAAGAGGAUUAAAAUUCGACCUUUAAAUGAUACAAAAGCUGUUGAAAAUGGUGCUAAUUUCUUAUCGGAAUUCUUUAUCUUUAGUGUUGCAGGAUCACUCAUAUUCUACGAGAGUUAUAGGAGUAGAAAAAAGGCAAGUGACGAAAGAGAUGCUUUAGCUGAUGAUAUAACUGUUUUACAAAGUGAAAUUGACCAUUUGAAGAAAAAAUUGGGGGAAAUUAAUAUCAAAUUAGAUGAUUAUGAAAUGCCUGAUGGCUACAAACCAAAAUAUAUUAAAAUCGAACCAUCAUCAACAGUUAAUAAAAAUGAAAAUCCUUCUAAAGACAAUUCUAAUACUACUAUAUCUCCAGUACCGAAAGAAAAUGUCUCUGUUCCUACAACAGCCUAA